AUGCAGCACGAAAUGUCGAAAAUCCACCUUCAAUUCACGAUGGGCGCUGGGCAAGCCGGUCGGUGGACCGUACGCUCCGUCUGUAGUCAAAUUUCAAUGGCUACCUUCAAGUCAAGCUCAUCGUCGCGUGAAGCUUGAUGAGCUUAACCGCAAGCAGCGUCCAUUUAGGCUCGAGAUCGUGAACUGGCACCAAUCGUUCAGUGGCUGCCUGGAAUUAUAAGGCCUCCCUUUCGUGUAGAACCGUGUAAGAUUGCAUCUCGCAAACACUUUCGGGGUCUGAGGACUCGACGGACCCCAGCAACUGACAGACCCCGAACAGCAACAGUAUAUAUCUGGGGAUUCAGAAGUGAUAAUCAACGAACACUUGCCGUGAUAGAAGGUCUACGUCCAUGCCACCGUUCUCGGUAUUCAUACCCACACAUCAACAACUAUAGGCAUAUCAGCCCUUAGACACAACUCUCACUAUCACACCCACAACCGCAAUGCGCGUCCUCAUCUCUGGAGCAGGCGUUGCAGGGCCAACGCUGGCAUAUUUCCUCGCCAAAAUUGGAGCACGCAUCACGGUAGUCGAGAAAGCACCAGCCUUACUGCCCCAUGGCCAGAAUGUCGACAUCACCGGCAGCGCCGUGACAGUCAUCAAGAAGAUGGGGCUCUUCGACGAUGUCAAACGCUACCACACGAAAGAGAUGGGUACCCAACUCAUCGAUCCAAAUGGUCGACCAUUCGCGCCCUUCCCAGUGAAAGAAGGCUCAAUUGCAAGCUUCACAUCCGAGUUCGAGAUCCUGCGAGGAGACAUGGCGAAAGUAUUAUACGAAGCCUCGAAACCUCUUCAAGGUGUAGAGUACAUCUUCGGCAUCACAAUUCAGAAAGUCCUCGCCAACGACACAAGUGUGCAAGUCGAGCUGAGCAACGGCUCAGUGCAAGAGUACGAUCUGCUAGUCGCAGCAGACGGCCAGUGGUCGAAAGUCCGCAAGCAGUGCUUCCCAUCCGAGUCUGUGACGGUGGUAGACAAAGGCAUGUAUGUAGUGUACUUCACCAUCCCGCGGCUCAAAGAAGACAACGACUGGUGGAACGUGUACUUCGGGCUACAGUCACGCAUCAUUACGCUCCGGCCCGAUCCACAUGGCACGAUCAGAGCGAUGUUCACCAUCAUGCCACGUAACGAAGCCCAGAAGGCGGCGUGGCAGAACGCAUCGCGCGCAGGACGGCAGAAGCAGGAAGGCCUAGUGAGGCAGGAGUUUGCGGAUGCAGGAUGGCAAGCAAAGAGACUUCUAGACGCGAUGAGCGAGGCGCCGGAUUUCUAUUUCCAAACCAUUCAGCAAAUCAACAUGGAAAAGUGGAGUGAUAACCGUGUCGUCUGUCUUGGAGACACUGCGUUUGCGCCCACACCGCUGACAGGUAUGGGAACGAGUCUGGCGCUGUUGGGAGGCUACAUGCUUUCGGGUGAGCUGGCGAGGUUGCAGGCUGGUGAGCAUCCGAGGACGGCGUUGGAGGCUUAUGAGAAAGCGUUCCGUCCUUUUGUCGAGCAGACGCAACAAAUUCCUAGUAUUGUGCCGGGUGUGGCUCAUCCGGAUACGGCGUGGAAGAGAUGGCUGCUUCAGACGGGGAUAUCGACGAUGUCAAGACUGGCGUCUUUGCCGUGGUUUAUCAGGUUGGUUGGGGGAGACAAAACUGCUGAGCAGAACGAUGAUGGGUUCCAAUUGCCGCUGUAUGAGAGUCUCGAUCGAUUGCUGUGAACUGUAGUACGCGUAUUGACAGUAUGUCACUAUAAGUUGCAAAUCAUCUCCAUUCAAGGAUUUCAAAGGGAUUGCAAAGAAGUUCUACGCGCCCCAAAGCUCGAAAGAAUAACAAUAUUUCACAACAACGCUUUCCAAGCUCUGGUCUUCCUUGGCGAAAGACACAUCGCAUGAGACUUACCUUGCGGGAAGGUGGUAUGUAGCUGAGACCCACAUCACAGCCUUACCGUCCUCUCUUCUCUAGUCUCCAACGUAGUGUUUCGUCUGAGUAACAAUAUACGUGUGUAACCGCACAUGUAAAAACUCUCUGGUUGGUAUCACCUGCCAAGUUAGGCACCUGGCCAGUACGACUGCCGCUAUAACGUCACUAGCAUACCGUGAU